AUGAACAAUGUUUCUCUCGACAACCUACCGCUGGAAGUCCUAACACGAGUCCUCAACAACGUCUCAUCUCCUGAAUUACUAAAUAUUGCACUUGCAGGCAAGUCGGUACUGAGAUUUGCACUUAGGGCACUUUACCAUAAAUUAUGUGUCUCUACAGUACAUGACUACAAGAAAAAAAACGCACGAGAAAACGAAUACGUUGUGGUAAGUAAAUCCAAUUGUAUCCGUUUGCUCAGUUAUACCUUGCAAAAUAACAAGGAAUUAGCACAGCUCAUCGGCCAUUUCAUUGUUGGUCCUUGUGCUUCGCCAGAGCUCAUCCGUCUUAUAUUUGCGCUUCGGAGAAACGCCACUAAUUUAAUUACAUUUCAGUCCAGUUUCGCAUAUGCCGCUGCAAAUUUUUUGGACCAGGAGUCUUCGUUGCCCCUUCCUUUUUAUGAUCAUUGCCAGAUCUUGUCUCCAGAUGACGUGCUAAUGAAGCGUAAUGGCCGGCCCAGACAAUUGACCAUUUGUACUGAUUUGAGUGAAUUUGUUUUUGGUAUCAAUCUCGACACUGACGUUCUCAGCAGUGUCAAGCUGUUGUACCUUGGAUCGGAGCAAAAGUCUGCACUACAUAUCCUCGAUGCGAUCAAAUUACCCGAAUCGGAGAAAUUCCGGCCAGAAUAUCUUUCAAUCGUCCACCUGCAUCAUUCUGGGUCUAAUGCGUUUGAUCAUAUAAACCCCGAUUUGGGCUUCUCAUUGGUUCCCAAAAAGAUCAAUACUCUGGGCUUGAAGACGCUAUGUAUGAGCCUCGAGUGUAUGGAGCCUCUAUCGCGAUGUGAAUGUGUAACAAAGUUUGUUGGGAAUGCAGGCCAACAUGCAGCCGACACAGAAGAUUUAGAUCAAUUAGAACACCUCAAAGUGAGUCUUGUUUUGGAUGAGGGUGGACUUAUGCCCAGUAUGCUUCUUGAUUCCAUUGUACUACCACUACAAUACUUAAUACUACAUCUUCCGCUGCUCAAGUCUUUAUCCUUCGACACACGGGCCACCACUUACAAAAUGCAAUCUCCUGAGGACGGAACAGAGGAAGACCUGGACCUAAGUUGCAACGGGAAAAUAGUUCGGACCUUAUUUCUUGCAAAUGAAAUGCUUCGAUGUAAUGGUCAAACGCCAUCAUUGAACAGUCUUUCUUUUCCUGACUUUUUCUUGGGGUUAGUUUUUCACGGCGAUUUCUUUGAAUCUCCUCUUCACUCUUGCAAGUGCUUGGGUUGCAAGAAAUUAUUGAUUAUUUGUGCAAAUUUCUUUUUACCAAUAAGCGAUUUCGAAGUUGGCGCCACGUAUUCCACGUCCUUCUUCUUUCUCAUUGGCAUGAUCUUAGAUAAACUCGAAAAUGAGCGGAAUCUUAUCCAUAUCCUGAGUCUGGAAACUGACUUUCAUCAAUUUAAAGACGGCCGCCUCUACUGUGAUUCAGAAUCACUCCACCAGCGUCUUCACAAUCUUGGGACAUGUGCUUGUUCGUUGAACCUCGACAUAGAUACCGUGAUCAUUACAUAUCUCGUUCACCAGUGCAGACCAGUUUUGGAGUAUGUUCGUCUAAACAUGCCUGAGAUUGAGGAGAUCACGAUACACGGGCUUUACUUCACCCGCACAUGUAUCGGUUGGGAAUGUCUAUUCGACAAUGAUUCGUAUCCAGUUGAAAUUUUAGAAGCAACAGAAUUGAAAAUGGAGCACACUGAGAACAGACAUGGCAAUCCGCAAGAUCUUUUGACGUUGUUAGAAACCUACGGAUGUCUUGAUUUGGAUAUCUUUGAUCACGGAGUUUAG